AUAGACCUCCCCGCCACAUUCAACCGCUAUCUUCACCCUACACUCAGCACAAAGACAAAACAAAAAAACCAGAGAUAAUUUGCGAUGAGUUGCAAAUCAAUUCCGAGUCUUUCGAGCACUGCAAGCAAAACCCAUUUUCCUAAAUAUAAAAUCCCUACUCCAAUUCCCUAUAACCUUUCAUUACAACUAAAUGGAAACCGAAUUCAUCAAUUUAGCAGUCUCAGAAUUAAACGCUAUUGUUAUCCUCCAAAUAUUACCGCCUCUCUCGAGCUUCCCCUUCUUCCUUUUAACACCACGGAGGUUCUGGUUCCAUCAGAGAGUAAGACUUUGCAUUUGUACGAAGCUAGAUACCUAGCUUUGCUGGAGGAGUCUUUGUUAAGAAAGCAAAAGCUUUUUGUGCAUUUUGUCUUGGAUCCUAUUCUUAUUAGCAGCUCUGGAACUGAAGCUUCAUUUGCAGCUAUAUAUGGCUGUUUGGUUUCUAUAGAAAAUGUUGAGCGUUUAGAUGUUGGAGCAUUAGUCUCCAUAAGGGGAAUUGGUCGCAUCAAAAUCAUAAGAGUUUUACAGUUGCAGUCAGCUCCUUACUUGAUAGGCGAAGUCGUACCAAUGCAGGACCGGAAUCUUGAUAGUGCAGGUAAGUUGACCUCCCAAGUUUCAGCAGUAAAGGAAGCUAUUUGCAGUCUGAAUAGCUUGGAAAUUAAGUUAAAGGCUCCUAAAGAGGCGUUGUUGCAGACUCGCAUUGCAAACUCUCUAACAUGGGCUGAAAAGGAACCGUCCCUGGAAUGCGACAGAGCUUUCGUUCCAUCUCUUGCAGAGCGUAUAUCCUUUGCAGCACUACAACCUAUUUCAGGAUCCACUGAAUCAGAGAUGAUAAAGUUGCAGCAGCUGAAGCUAAAAGCAAUGGAUGUGAAAGACACACUACAAAGGCUAGACAAUUCGUUACAGAUAGUUAACGAAAAUAUUUUAAUGGUUGCAGCGAAACUUGCUAUCCAAUCACUUGAAAUGCGGUAGCUAUGUAAAGUUUCAACCAAGUUCUUAUGGUGUAGAUAGUGAGAGAAGACUUGCUCAGUUACUGGUCGAUAUCGACAAACGAAAAAAAAUAUGCUAUUCUGCUCAUAUUGUAUUCGUUAACUGAUAUUCAACAGGGAAAAUUAUCCAAUUCAACAGACGUGCUUUUAGAA